GAAGGGGGGCUAUUUGGUCAUUGUGGCGGGAAAAAUUCUCUUGGGGAGUGGUACAUAGGUGUGGUACCGCGGGGUUUUGUAGUUUGCUCCCUCGUCGCCCUGUGUGCAGUGCUGCUGCGUGCGUGUACGCGGGGGUAGUAUUGCCGGUAUCCGAUUUGGGCCUCUCUUCGUGUGAGGGGGUGUGAGCCAGGGGUGUUUUGGUUUUGGAGGUUAGAGUGUGCUAAGUGUUGGGGGAAUUGGGCGUGCUGAGCGGUCGCUUUCUUUCGUUGCUUGUGUCGGUUAUCUGACGGUCUUGGUACUUUUAUUUUUAUUUUUAUUUUAUUGUGGAGGGUGCGUCCGUUCGCGGUGGUCGAUUCUUUUCGGUUAACUCGCAUUUGGAGAAGUCCUCUCUUCCCCAGUGCGCUUCUUGACCUUUCUUUACGUAGGGGUGACUUGCGAAAAGCGAGUGCUUAGUUGUGAAGUGCUCGGUUGGUAACAGUCGUUUUGGUUGUUUAGUUAAAGAGUUCAGAGUACCCUGUUUUUUUUUUUUUUUUUUUUUUAAUACAUCCCGCGACAAGUAGAGCGAUACCAUGGUGGUGGGUGGGAAUCAGUCUGGAAAAGGCGCCAAAGGGCUGCUCAUGGGUAAAGCACCUGCUCCUGUCGUAGACGAUAAAAACAAGGAUAAGAAGAAGCCUACUUCUCGAUCAUCCCGGGCUGGUCUUCAGUUCCCCGUGGGGCGUAUUCACCGGCUGUUAAAGUCAAGAGUGGCCGCAAAUGGAAGAGUGGGGGCGACUGCUGCGGUAUAUUCAGCGGCCAUCCUUGAGUACCUUACUGCUGAGGUGUUGGAGUUGGCGGGAAAUGCGAGUAAGGAUCUGAAGGUGAAGCGUAUAACACCCCGCCAUCUACAACUUGCCAUUCGGGGAGAUGAGGAGCUAGAUACUCUGAUCAAGGGUACCAUUGCCGGUGGAGGAGUUAUACCUCACAUUCACAAGUCUCUAAUUAACAAGACAUCAAAGAAGGAUUGAGAAGGUUCAUAUCCGCAGUUUCAUAGCUCAGGAGGGCACUGUACUGCAAUGAAGUAUGAUAUUGAUACGAUGCAUCGUAGAGGAGAAAGAACAUCAACGAUUCAUUUAAGCAGUUACUUUUCCUUGACAUUCUUGACAAAGUUGCGGGCAGUCGAGGUGUUGGACUCCUGAUUUUUCAGUUGACGCCUUGUGUAUAUGAGAAGUUCUGUGUAGGAUGUUAGUACACUCUGUUCUGCUCUGCCACGACCUGGGGUUCGGUUCCGGUGUGUCCUUAGCUUUACAGAUUUCUUUCAUUUUCUCUCUUUUUUAUUCCUUUUUUUUACUUUUCACUGAACGCUAUUCUUGUGUACUUCAGCUUUUCAAUGGCUUUUAAAAAUCUCAACUCUUAGUUCUCUA